GCAAUCGCGUUUAGUCACAGACGAGCUGUGUUUUGGUGCGUUUUACUGCACGCAUUGAUCGGAAACUAAGAAUUUCCAGUGUUUAAAAACUGCUUAAGUUUUUUUGAAUUGAGCAGCAGGUGUUUGUUUGUGCAAAUUUUCCGGUUUUGUGCGAUUUUUAUAUAUCUGCACCGCCAUUGUAAUGCGGCGACGCUUAGGGCUUCUAAUAUUAGCCAUCUUGCAAAUCAUCUGCACGGCAAACGCAAUUGGCCACUACACAGUAGUCGCACCGGGUACAAUACAUACGAACGGCAAAUACAAUGUUGCAGUCGCUCUGCAUCAAGCCACCGAGGCGGCAAGAGUGAGAAUCUCUCUCCUAGGUCCACAAUAUAACGACUCCAAAACCGUUGAGCUGCAACCGUACGAAGUGAAGAAUAUCGCCUUCAGUGUGCCACUUUUGCGUGAUGGCGACUACAAUAUCACCGCUGAGGGCUUGAGUGGUCUGAUCUUCAAGAACUCCACCAAGCUCAACCACAAUGUCUUUCAGACACAUGUAAAGAUACAAACCGAUAAAGGAAAGUAUAAACCAGGCGAUGUCGUCAACUUUCGCGUACUUUUUAUGGAUGAAAAUUUGAAACCAAGUGGUCCUUCGGCAAGUAGUGUUAUUUGGUUUGAGGAUGGUAAGCGCAAUCGCAUUAAAGAAUAUAAAAACUUUACGGUCACCAAGGGUGUCUACACGGGUAAAUUCCAAAUAUCUGAAUUUCCCGUUCACGGUAGGUGGCGCUUGGCUGUAGAUAACGGUGGUUGGCGUAGAACCAUUGUCAGCUUCGACGUACAGAAAUAUGUAUUACCCAAAUAUAAGGUCAGCGUUGAUGCCACUUCCAAAGUGUCGGCGAAGGAUGGCGAUAUGCAGGUGGUCGUCAGAGCCAACUAUACCUACGGCAAACCGGUUAACGGAAAGGUCACAUUGAUUAUGAAGCUGCAGUCUUUUUACUAUUCACACGAAACCAACGACAAUUCAACAGAGCCACCACAGCAAAUAAUAAGGUCGGCGGAUAUGGUGAAUGGUAAAGCGAAGUUCGACCUCAACGUGAGGCAAUACAAAGACAGCUUCCUUAGCUUCAGGACCGCACCGCUUGACAUAACAGCGACGGUGGAGGAGAAUUUUACCGGUGUCAAAAUUAACGGUACAACCGGAGCAACACUCUAUCGGGACCGUUAUUUUAUAAGUUGUCAAGUGUUUAAAAAUUGUAACUGGUUUAUAGCAGAUGAAGAAACGGAAAUGACAUUCCGUGUCUUGAGCUACGAUGAUGCAAUAUUAAGAGAUAUCAAUGCUCCCGUGCGUUUACGUUUUACCGAAUCGCUAAGUAAAAACUACUAUAAGGAUGAAAAUAAAACCGAACCCAAAAUAAAUAACCAAGUUUUCGAGUUUGAAGGCGUAUUGGAUAUCAAUAGCACAGCGGUGUUUAAAGUAAAGUUGCCGGCUCUAGAAAAGUUUGAUGGCUACACCCAUUUCUAUAAAAUAAAAGCAUUUUACAAGGAUGAGGUGCAUGAUGUAAUGAACAUAUAUCAAAAGGAGCCACCAAAAGUUACGGACGACGUAAAGGCAGUUGAGCCUACAACGCCGAAGUCGUUCUUUAAGGCACAGCUGGAGUAUCCAAAGGGACGUUCUACUUUUAACGCGGAUGAAGAAAUUAUCCUGACUCUGAACUCCAGUGCGCCCCUAACGUAUUUUGACUACAAUAUCGUGGGUCGUGGAAAUGUUUUGGUUAGCGAACGCGUUUUCGUGCCUAAUAAAGCCAAUAGCUACGAUUUAACAUUGACGCCUAAUUUCAUGUGGAUGCCUUACGCCCGAUUCUACGGCUACUUUAUUGAUGAACUGGGUGAAUUUCACUAUGCCGAGACGAGUUUACAAAUUAAGACGGAAAUGCAAAAUGAGUUAGAGAUUACUGCCCCAGCUAAGGUGAAACCCGGCACAGAUGUCGCUCUGCGCAUCAAAACCACUCCACAUUCCUUCGUUGGUCUACUCGCUAUUGAUCAAAGCGUACUCCUUUUGGGUCGUAACAAUGAUAUCUCCCAAAAUGAUUUUAACUGGCGUCUUAGCUCCUAUACAACCUAUACACCUUGGCAGGGUGGUUACUCGCGCUACCCGGGUGGACAAAGUGGUGUCAUAACAAUGACUAAUGGCAACUAUUUCUACAACUUCACAGCACCACACACAUCAGCAGUUGACAACCGUUUCGAAGACCUGACGGCUCUACGCGUACCAGAGGGUGCUGUGUCACUCGCUGCAAAGCCCGUCGGGGGAGUAAUGGCAGCAAGCCAGGAAGUUGUGGUGCGCACAGAUUUUGCAGAAACGUGGAUUUUUACGGAUAUUGAAGACACGCAAACGGAGGAAAUCACUUGGACCAAGAAAAUCCCAGACACUAUCACUUCUUGGGUGGUCUCAGGUUUCGCCCUUCAUCCAGAAAAAGGACUUGGUGUUACAAAGCACAGCACUGAUAUUGUCACAUUUCAGCCGUUCUUUAUAUCAGUGAGGUUGCCCUAUUCGGUCAAGCGAGGCGAGAUCAUCAAUGUGCCGGCUUUAGUUUUCAACUAUCUGGACAAAGCAUUGGAUGUCGAAAUCACACUCGACAAUAUCGAUGGCGAAUAUGAGUUCACCGAAAUCUCCAACGAGAUUUCUAGCGAAGCGAAACGAGUAAAACUUGUUCACAUACCCGCACAGUCCUCAGCUGGAGUCGCAUUCAUGCUACGUCCCAAAAUCAUAGGCAAUAUAAUGUUGAAGUACACUGCUGUCUCACCCCUCGCUGGUGAUGCAGUACACAAAAUGCUGAGAGUAGUACCCGAGGGCGUGACGGAGUAUGCAAAUCGCGCAUUCCUUGUGAAUCUCAAGAAAGCGCCGGAACAACGACAGAACUUCGAUUUAGUGCUGCCACCUGACUUAGUGCCUAAUUCGGAACAUAUAGAAGUGUCUGUGAUCGGUGACUUACUGGGACCACUUUUGAAUAAUCUCGAGCACUUAUUGCGCAUGCCAACCGGCUGUGCCGAGCAGACCAUGUCGACAUUGAUACCCAAUUAUUUGGUUUUGAAAUACCUUAAGAACAUCAACAAGCUUACGCCAGAAUUGGAAGUGAAGAUACUUCAAAAUAUGGAAAUGGGUUAUCAACGCAUGCUUGGCUUUCGCCUUAAUGAUGGCUCGUUUGUCACAUUCCGCGCUAAGGACAGAAAUGAGAACGGUUCCGUCUGGCUCACCGCAUAUGUGGCGCGUUCGUUACAUCAGCUCCAAGAGUUUAUAAAAGUAGACGAUGCUAUACUCGAAAAGAGCUUGCAAUAUCUAAUUAAGAGACAAGCAGAAAAUGGCAGUUUUGUGGACACAAACAACGUACUCUUCGGAGCAGAACGUCAGCAAGACGUGACAUUGACAGCACACGUUUUCCUGACGCUCAUAGAAAAUAAGCAACUCACCAAGGAAUAUCAAGCCAAUGUCGACAAAGCCUUCGAUUUUAUUUUGGCGAACACCGAGAAGUCUGCCAGUAUAUUCGCUAAGGCUUUGACCGCAUACGCCUUACAGUUAGCUAAACAUCCAUCAGCUAGUAAGCAACUUGAAAUACUAAAAUCAGCUGCGAAGACUGCUGACGAUCGCAUGUGGUGGUCGGCUUCGGAACACCGUUCGCAGCAUUGGUGGCGUUGGAUACCUAAUGGAGACGUUGAGACCACUUCCUAUGCGCUUCUAACGUUACUUGAUGGAGACCUUGUCGGCGUUGAUGAUUUAUUGUCAAUUGUAAAAUGGUUGGUAGCCCAUCGGAAUAGCUAUGGUGGGUUCAUAUCCACCCAAGACACUGUUGUCGGCCUACAAGCUUUAAUUCGUUUCGCCGAAAAAGCACAAUAUGAGCCUGGUGUAAUGGAUGUUCAGGUGCUUGCUAAAGGCGGGAUUGAACGCUCGGAGAUUAUAAAAGUUGACGAAAACAAUGGACUGCUCUUACAAACGGUGGAGCUUCCACACAAAACGCUCUCAGUGGACUUCAUUGCGAAGGGCAAAGGCGCUGCUUUAGUGCAAAUCGCCUACCAGUAUAAUGUGCUCGAGAAGGACCCUCAACCAAGUUUUGAAAUAAAAACCAUAAUCAAUAAGAACACGCCAGUCUUAAAAUUAGAAAUGGAUGCCUGCAUUGAAUAUACCGGUGAGGGCGAUGCUUCGAAUAUGGCGAUUUUAGAAGUGACACUACCUUCCGGUUAUGUGGCCGAUACGGACGCUUUCAAACAUAUCGAAGCCGUGCCAAGAGUCAGGCAAGUGGAGACUCAGAAAUCGGACACUCUGAUUAACAUCUACUUCGAGAGUCUGCCAAAGAGCGAAAUUCAAUGUGUGCCCAUCGAAGCACUGCGCCAGUUUGCUGUUGCUCGUCAGAAACCCGCUUCAAUUGUGCUCUAUGAUUAUUAUGAUACUUUGAAACGGGCAACGGUAUAUUACGAAGUCGUCUCUAAGUUGUGCGAUAUUUGUGAGGACGAUGAAGAAUGCAAGAAGGCAUGUCAGUGAAGGCAGUGAGCUUUUGUGAGAAGAAUAAUAAUGCUACAAGAGAAUACAUUAUAUACAUUUACUAAACUAUAAUAAAAUUACAAAACAGCGAUGUAA